AUGACACUGACGUUUAUAUCGAGCAGUUCUCGGGAAAGAUUAAUGUACCUCAAGGGGAAAAAGGUCCCAAAGCGACUAAACGUCUCCAAGCUCAAGAGUGAUCACUCAAACAGUACCUGGCUGAAGAAAUUGAGAGUAGACUGGACCCCCAAACUUCUUGUACUGGGGAUAUCGAGUCUGAAUGGGCUCUCUUUCGAGACAUCAUCUAUGCUGCAGUCUCAGAGGGGAGCCCUUCUUAAUGACACUAUCUCUGCUUCCAAGAAGGCUGCCUUCAGCAACAGCAAAAGAACUGUACAGCUUGAGCUAUGCCAAAUGCAGGACACAUGGCUGAGUCAGAAGGCAGAUGAGAUCCAGUCCUAUGCCAAGCACAAUGACAUGAAGUUCUACAGUGCACUCAAGAGUGUCUAUGGCCCAACUUCGUCAGGAUCGUCCCCUCUCUUUGGUGCUGAUGGGGACACACUGAUCACUGACAGAGAGAUGAUCCUCGAGUGCUGGGCAGAGCACUUUGACAGUGUUCUCAACAGCCCAUUUUCUAUCAACGACGAAGCGAUCGAGAGGCUGCCACAGGCUCCUACCAACCACGCUCUUGCCGAUGUCCCUACCGAGGAGGAGGUGAAGAAAGCAGUCAAUCGCCUAUUCAGUGGCAAAGCUCCAGGUGCUGACUCAAUUCCAGCGGAAAUCUACGCCUCUGGUGGUCCACAACUGAUCAGGAGACUCACUGAGUUGUUCCAGUCCAUGUGGUUCCAAGAGAAACUUCCCCAGGAAUUCAAAGACGUCUCAGUCGUCCACCUCUACAAACGGAAGGGGAACCGGCAAGCAUGUGACAACCACCGUGGCAUCUCACUGCUCUCAGUUGCCGGGAAGAUACUGGACAGGGUCCUACUGAACCGUCUGAUUCAACACCUGGAGCAAGGUCUGUUACCGGAAAGCCAGUGCAGAUUCAGGCAGGGCACGCAAAACAGCUGA